AUGGGCAUUGGCUUUUCUAUUUUAUUUUUGUCCCUUUUUGGGAUUUGUCUUCGCGGUUUGUCUGGGAUGUCAUUGGAGGAUGUGGUUUUUAUGAGAGAGAGAAGAGUUUGGAUGGUGGGGCUGGGACCAUUCUUGGGCGAUAGGAUUACAAUGGUUUUGGAGGGGAAUAGCUCCAAACGGGCGAACGGCUUUUCUUUGGAGCAGCGCAUGCAAAGCAGGGUAAAAGUCGAUGAGAUGCAGCUGGGUCCGCGUCCGCGGUACGGACGUUAUGCGCGUGACGGCAUACCGGGGACGAUUACAACUUGUCGUGUAGGAGUGCGUCGUUUCUUAUUUCAAGUCAACCGUUCUUCUGGGGUUGCGACGUUGGCGGUUGAGAUCAAAAGGGGGGGGAAGAGGUUUCUGUGUGAGUGGUAUGUGAUGCAUUGGUCUUGGAUUCAAGAAUGGCAUCGUGGGGUUAUCUCCAGGCCUGCGUGUUUGUGGAUAGUCCCCAGUAGCCGUCCGACACUCUUGAUCAACAGACAAGCUGCGGCAGGUGUGUUUGGGGAAUGCUGUAUUGGCGCGGGUGACGUUGCUCUUCACCAGAUGUCCGGCCAGAAAGUACGCUCAAACCCCAGCUCCAGACUUCUAGCCAUGUUUGUUUGCUUUUUAUCAGACAGCUGCCGCGCUGGAGGAAAGCCAAGACAUGGGGGGAACCGGGGAGUCUGA